AUGAUGGUUUAGAUACUGCCUCAUGGCAGUAAGUGUGAUGCUGUGAGAUAAUAAAUGUACAUGGAAAAAAAAAUAAAUGUACAUGUCCUGAGCCCAUAACUGCCAUUUCAAGUUAAUCUUCAUCCCUGUGCCACCCAACUUAUAUCACAUUUAGUUGAGCAUUCUUGUGUCUGCCUUUACAUUUCCUUAUUCCUUUGAACUCAGGCUCUGACAGUGUAAAGAGUAAAAAGGGGAAAAGCUUGGAAAUAUUUUGUUUAUUUGCACUUUGUAUCCCCAAGUGUUAACUUCUUUUGCAGGGAAGAUCAACUACUUAAGAAAUCCAUUGUGCUCCUUUGGCACGUCAGCAUUUAUUUACCCCAAAACAUGACUUAAGGCCUAGAGGCCUUUGACAUCAGCGGCUGGCUGAUGAGUCGUGUUCGGCAUUCAUACAGUGCUGCUGGCACAUGGCCGAGGAACACUUGGGCUGUCACCUGCCCCUGUCAAUUCUUCCUCUUCUAAUAAAGUACAUCUGUUUUGGUGACUGAAUGAAAACACACCAAGCGGAGAAAGCCUGGGUGUGGAGUAAUCUAAUCAGGGCAAGUCAGCACUCUGCUGAGUGAUACAGGAUCAAGGGUAGGAGGGUGGUUUGGUAGCAGCUUAUUGAAACACAGGCUGACUGGAAAGGGCUGGAAACACAGUUCCUCAUAUAAUUAUAAUGGGUCACACUCCAGGAAUGCAGGUGGCCCAGUAUAUUAUUCCCCAAAUCAAGAGUUUAAGGGGUAGGAUUCCAAUAAACUCCCUUCUGAAUUGCCAGAAACGUUUCACAUUAGCAUCAUUUUCGCAGUUUGUUGAGGAUUUAAAAUUUCCAGGAAGUUCAAAUCCAAGUUCAGAGCUCCACUGGUAGUGCUUUUUAAUAUUGCUUUUGUGGCUAUUUGCUUGGCAUCUUGAGGAAUUAACUUAAAAUACUUGAGUUUUCAAAGUAAAACAGCAGGGAGACUGACAUUUGCGGUCUGCAUAUUCACACUUCUUAACUACUCAUUGUAUUUUUAAAAAUUGUUUCUUUGUUGUGAAUAUGCAGUGAUAAUAUAACUUUGGGUUUUGUUUAAAGAAGAGAAAGGAAACAUGUUCAGAGUGCCAGUCUGGCCUUGAGUCUCAUCCCUCACAGAGGGAUGGAUGGAGUGAUAAUUAGAGGGAUGCAGGAUGUUUGUACUUGAAAACAGCAUAAGUAGAAAUAAUACAGUCAUAAAUUAUAGGUCUGUGUUAUUUUUUCCUGUUUUAAUGAUUCACCUGGUGAUGUUCUUAAAGUCAUUCCUUGCUGAGAAGAGAAUCACUAUGCAGGAUGAAAAACCAGGAAUUUGAGCAGCAGCAGCUUCUUUAUUUUCAUCUCUAGUUCUGUUGGUAGUAAAAUGCUGUUCCUUUUUUUAUUUCAGCUAAGUCAUUUUCACCUCUGUAGGUACUUUUUUUCUAUGAGACUAGAUCUAUGUUAUUUGAUAUUUUAUUACCAAGUGUUCUGUAAAAAAAUCUAUCUCAAAAUAAAAACAAUAUAGCACACAAGUUCAAAGUUCUUGAAUGUUAUUUUGGUUUCAAAAAAAUCAAUCCAAUGAAUGCUUCAUCUUGAAACCAUUUAUCGUUAAGAAACUUGGUGAUAAAUGAUAUAUAUCCUUCAGCUCUGUCAUCAUGGUUAAAUCUCUCCUGAAUGAGAUCACAUAUUAGCAUUUUUACCAUAUGGCUGAAAGGGUAGAGAAUAUAUGUGCAGAGGAACUAGUCACUAACAUUUUUGACCAUCUGGCAAAUAAAUGUGUAAGUAGCAGGAACUUUAAUAUUAUUUAUUUAGUUAUAUAGAUGCAACCUUUAGCCUGAAAGAGCCUCUAGUACAGUAAAGGAGAACUGAAUUUAUAUUUCUCAAAUAAUUUUGAUCUAAUUAAACAUUUUCACAGUCUACCAUGUGCUCUUAAAACCUGACUCCUAAUGGUGUGUUUCUUACAUUUACUGAUUAGGGCUCCUUACAGUGACUAUUUUAAAAUCUCUCUCAUGAGAGACCACAUGAUUGGAUCUAGCAUGCUGGCUUAAGUGCUGAAGUUCUGCUCUGCCAUCAACCACUAUGUGGCCUAGGAUAAAUUAGUCUCUCUGAGCCUCAAAUUCUUCAUUUGUAAAGAGCAACAACAACAUAUUUGUCAGCUAGAACUAAAUCAGAAGCCCAGGUGAACUUAAGGAUGCUAGCAUGGGAUUCUUAGUUUUUCAAGAUCCACAAACACCAAACCCGUAAUCACCCCAGCUCCAGUGUCCGGGCUUUCUCUGGUUUUGUGAAGACUCAACUCUGAUGAUGGAAAAGCGAAGGACUUAAUUAUUUGCUUUGAUAAUAUUUACUAUCGACUGAACAGUGAACCAGACAGUACUACAGCCAUGGAAGGAAACUCAAGUUUAUGGAAGAACCUAAUCAAUGAACACCCUGUCUGCACCAUCUGGAAGGAGGAGGCUGAAGGAGCCGUCUAUCAUCUGGCCAGUGUUUUAUUUGUAGUAGGUUUCAUGGGUGGCAGUGGAUUCUUUGGGCUUCUUUAUGUCUUCAGUUUGCUGGGAUUGGGCUUUCUCUGUUCUGCUAUCUGGGCUUGGGUGGAUGUCUGUGCAGCCGACAUAUUUUCCUGGAAUUUUAUACUGUUUGUCAUCUGCUUCAUACGGUUUGUUCACAUUGCCUAUCAAGUCCACAGCAUAACCUUUGCCCGAGAAUUUCAGCUGUUGUACAGCUCCCUCUUCCAGCCUCUGGGGACCUCUUUGCCCGACUUCAGAACUAUUGCUAUGAGCUCAGAAGUGGUUACCCUGGAAAAGGAGCACUGCUAUGCCAUGCAGGGGAAAACCUCCAUUGACAAACUCUCCUUGCUUGUCUCAGGAAGGAUCAGAGUGACAGUUGAUGGAGAAUUUCUGCAUUACAUUUUCCCCUUCCAGUUCCUGGAUUCUCCUGAAUGGGACUCACUGAAACCCACAGAGGAAGGCACUUUUCAGGUAACCCUCACAGCAGAAACUGAUUGUCGAUAUGUGUCUUGGAGGAGAAAGAAAUUAUACUUGCUCUUGGCUCAGCAUCGGUAUAUCUCCCGCCUGUUUUCGGUUUUAAUUGGCAGUGACAUUGCAGAUAAACUCUAUGCCUUGAAUGACAGGGUAUACAUAGGAAAAAGAUACCAUUAUGAUAUUCGGUUACCCAACUUCCUUCAAAUGUCAAGUCCUGAAAUGUCCAAGUCAUCCCUGACAGAACAUUUUCAGAAUUCCAGACGAUAUUGUGAUAAAUGACAUCGAAGUCUCAAGUUUUAUAAUUAUAAAAGACUCUCUUCAUCAUUCCCCAAAUGAAAUAGCAAAAUAUGGCAAAUUGAGCUCACUAAUAUUUUUAUAAAUCCAACUCAGAGGCAAGAUGCUAUUGCCAGCUGUUUUAUUCAUCUUAACUUGUACAUUGUGAAUAAAUUUUACAAUUUUUUUUUC